CUCAGGGUCAUCAGUGUGCCGCUAAGUGAUGCUUGUUCUUUUGUCUUGUUAAUGGAGUGUAUGCUUUUGCUGUGUCCUGCAGCUAAUCAGUCAGAUUGUCGGCCUUGUAGUCCACUCUCCAAGGAACACCAGAAAAACUGGAAUAGAUAUAUUGACUUACUGCUCUCGAAUUGGGAAGACAAGCUCCACCUUCCUACCUAUUAUCGCGAAUUAAAAACACAUCCUUUUUGUUGUACUCCAGGUCCAGGCUAUUCAUGUCGUCUAAAUCUUAUUCACGAACCUCGAAAAGAACCUCGGCAAUUCUACGAUCUCACGUAAGUUUGCUAAAUGUCGAUUAUUCCACAGGUGUGCGAAAGAUGACUUCUUUACUCCCAUUAAGUGUCAGCAAGACAAUGACAUUAGAUGUUGUUCUGAAAAGCAUUGUAAUGUUCCUUCUUCGGAGGAACUCAUGCUGCUUGUCAAGGACAAUCCUUCGGACCUAUAUCUUGUCGCUAUAUCUUUAUUAACCAUACUAUGCAUCAUCCUUUGUAUUGUAUCAGGGACUUUCUAUUUCCUUUUGAGAAGAAAAUCAGCCCGGCAAAAACAGAUUGCUUCUCAGAAUGGUGUUACAUCUGAUCAUCUAUGGACAUCAGAUAAUAUCGAUAACCAGUAUUUAAAGGGACCUGUGCAAGUACCAGAUACUUUAACUGUAAAUAAUACUUGUCCUGAAAAUGCAAGAGUAUUUUCCAAUGAUCCUUCUGCUGUUUCUGCUGGAAUAACUAGUCGUGGCGCUAGUAGUUUGAGUCAUUUUGGCAGUAGCGCUUUGGGAGCCACUCCUGGAAAUAUUAAUUCAUGUUCAAAUUCCCCUACUGGGGCUAUGACCAUCACUAGUUCGGGAUCAAAUUCCGCCAUGCCUACAACAGGUACUAUUCCUGCAGAUUUGAUGGACCACACCUGCAGUGGGUCAGGUUCCGGAAAACCUUUACUAGUUCAGCGAACAGUCGCUAGGCAAGUUCAGUUGGAAGAACGUAUUGGUGAAGGCCGUUAUGGUGUUGUUUGGCGAGGUGUUUGGCAAGGUGAUCUAGUAGCAGCUAAAAUCUUUUCUAGUCGAGAUGAACGCUCCUGGUUCCGAGAAACAGACAUUUAUCAGACGGUGAUGUUACGUCAUGCAAAUAUUCUAGGUUUUAUUGCUGCUGAUAAUAAGGAUACAGGAUUGUCUACCCAAUUAUGGCUUAUAACUGACUAUCAUCCUUUGGGAUCAUUAUACGAAUUUUUACAACAACAUUGUCUAACACCGUUUGCUCUUUUACGGGCUGUUGCAUCAAUCACUAAUGGUCUGGCACAUUUACAUCUGGAAAUUACUGGGACACAGGGUAAACCUGCUAUAGCUCAUCGUGAUCUGAAAUCUAGAAAUAUCUUAGUUAAAAUGGAUGGUGAAUGUUGUAUUGGAGAUUUGGGUUUUGCUCUUAAAUUGGAUUCAUCUAUGAAUACUGCAUUAGAAAUUAAUUCAAACUCAGAUCGUGUUGGAACCAAACGUUAUAUGGCUCCUGAAGUGUUAGAUAAUACAAUACGUUUAACAAGUCCAGAAGCAUUUAAACAAGCUGAUAUGUACAGUUUAGGUUUAGUAUUUUGGGAGGUUACAAGGCGAUGCUAUGUUCGUAAUUUAUUCGGACCAGAUGAAUAUCAACUACCUUAUCAAGAUCUUGUGUCUGCAGAUCCUUCAGUAGAAGAAAUGAAGUCUGUUGUUUGUGAACAAGGUCUACGACCAGGUCUACCAGCUAUAUGGUCAAAACAUGAAAUUAUCCGAGCACUACAAGAUAUAAUGAGUGAAUGUUGGUAUGCUAGUCCAUCGGCUAGACUAUCAGCCAUGCGUGUUAAAAAAUCAUUAGCCGGUGUACGUAAACAAUUAGAUACUAAUCCAGCAUUGUCAGAUUUUUCACAUACUAGUUAUCUACCUCCAGAAGCUACUGAUAAGCUUCCUUUUGGCAUAAUUCGUUGUCCAUCUGUACCACGUAAUACUAUGAAUAAUAAUAACAAUACUAAUACUACUAAUAAUAAACAAAUAAAUUUAUUACCAAAUCUUACAAGUACCAGUUCUAUUGGUGCUACAGUUGGUAAUAAAUUACUCAUCUCAGGCAAUCACAACAAUACGACUUAUAAUGAUAGUCAUAAUCCUUUAUUAACUACUACCAUUACUAUCACACCUACAACAAUGCUUGAUAGUAAUAUUCAUCAUAGAAAUUGUCAAUGUAAUGAUGAUAAUAAUAUUUUAUAUUCAUCAUUAUUAUAUAACAAUGGAAAUAUUUCCUCAUAUUGGUCAAAUUGUGAAUAUGAUAAGUUAUUAUUAUUCAAUGCACAUAAUAAUAAUAAUGAUAAUAAUAAUAGUAGUAAUAAUGAUACUAACCCUCUUCCUCAUCAUCCUAAUGAAGAAUCCAAUAAUAAUAAUAAUGAUAAUAAUUCAAAGCAUUUAUAGUCAUCAAUCGAUCUUCCUCCAUUAUAUUAAAGAAAAAAGAAGCUGAUUAUUGUGAGUAGAUGGGGGAAAAUAAAGGAUAAUUGCACACUUAUUAUUAUAAAUAGUCUUGUAUACUUUCUCGAUUUGUAUUCUACUAUACUGAACUCUAUCUUUAGUUAUUUAUCCUAUGCAUAUAUAAUAUGCAUUUUCUCAUUCUUUCUUGUUUGUUUGUUUUUUUCUGUCAAUGUGUAAAUGCGUGUAUUAUUACCAUCACUGUAUCGUGCAUUGUCAUUAUGCUAAGCUCUUGUAUUGUUUCAUAUUUGUUGCUAUUUGUUAUAUUUAACGCUUUGUAGAUUACUACUAAAGACACGUGUAUAUGAUAUUAUGUGUUUAUUUUUCAUUCUAUUUCGAUUUUACUUUCAAAAAGUCAGCUAUUUUGUUGUUAUGAUAAGUAUAUGUGUAUGUAUGUAUGUAUGUAUGUAUGUGUAACUGUAUUUUGUAUGUACAGUUCCACAGAUUGUUUAUGCUCACACGUGCAAUCUUUAUUUCUUUCUUUUAUCGCACGACUCAACAAUCUUCUUGCAUUAACCUCCACUUUGUCUAUAUAUAUAUAUUGAUAUUAUUAUCAAUAAUCUAUUCCUAAGUUGAUCAGAUGUGUUCCUUUGUUUUAUGUAUUUCUUUAUCUUGGCACUCCUGGAAUGUCUUUCUUUGGUUUGCACACAUACACUAUCUCCUCAUUAAAAUCACUCUCAAUACACUAGUACUUACAUAUUUUCUAGUUUAUAUUUUGUUUUAUCCUACAUCUAUCCAACCAACUUGAACUACACAUAUACAUAAAAUCUUUCCCUUGGCUUCAUUUAGCUUAGUGUAUAUGUACUAUGUAAAUUUGUGUUUCAUUCAUAAAUAUCAGGAAGAUUCUAAAAGUCAUACACUAGUUGAAUAAUAAUAAUAAUAGAUUCGCUAAUUAUACUGAUGAAAAUAGAUAUGGUAAUGUUGAUAGUUAUAGUACAAUAUAAUUACUAUUACUAUCGUUAAUUACCUAUUUACAUUGCAUUAUGCUUUUGUUUGUUAACAUUCUAUUUCGGUUUACCAUAAACAAGAUGAAACAAUUCAGUCUAUAUAUAUCCAUAUUUGUUUAAAAAAUUAACUGAUUGCCAUGUGAUUCUCUGAUAUAUAUAUAUAUAUAUAUAUAU